AGUUUUGAGCUGCCCGCAAACUUAUAAGCAGAGCAGCAGCAGCAGCAGCAGCAGCAGGCACCAACGGCAGCAAUGGCCGCUUUCCGCAAAGUGGCAGCGGCGGCGGCCAGGCUGAACCUCUGGUCGGCGGCGAGGAACGAGCUGGUCGGCUGGCAGACGGCUAACGGAAGCCGAACUCGGAGGUGUCUGGCAGUCGGGAUGUGCGUUGCGACCGGAGGCGCGGUGGCUCUGUACUUCUACAAUGAUAUGUGGAGCGACAGAGGGGGGAAGAGGAUGAGGAGGCACAGCAUCAACGGACUGCUGCCGUCCAUCCCCACGGUUGAAGCCAAGGAGAAGGCACGUCCGUUUGACUUUGAGGAUGGAGACGUGUACAUGUCUUCCCAUGAGCAUCGCUUCCGCAUGUUCAGCUCUGUGGAGUAUGAAGGACAGCUGUACAUGACCCCGCAGAAUUUCAUUGAGUCUGUUACCAUGAGUGAGCCAAGAAACAAGAGGCCCUGGAGGUCCCUGACCAAACAGGAGCUAGAGAAGAUCCUGACAGACACUCCCCCAGUAUGGAGGGGAUCCUCCAAACUGUUCCGCAACCUGAGAGAACGAGGCAUCAUCUCAUACACAGAGUACUUGUUCCUGCUCUGCAUCCUGACAAAGCCUCACGCUGGCUUUAAGAUUGCUUUCAAUAUGUUUGAUGCAGACGGCAACCAGAUGGUGGACAAGAGGGAGUUCUUGGUGCUGCAGGAGAUCUUCCGGAAGAAAAAUGAGAAGAAAGGAAGGAAAGGAGAUGCUGAGAAGUCAGCUCAGUUGAGUAUGCAGCUGUAUGGAUAUCAGGUUGCCCCCAUGAACAGCGUGCUAAAAAAAGACAGUCAGGAGUUUGUGGCACGGAGUUACUGGGACGUUUUGAGGCGAAGUGCCAGUCAAGUCCUCUUUUCUGACCUGGCGGAGCGAGCAGAUGAGAGCAUCACAAUUGACACCACGCUAUUGGUCCAUUUCUUUGGGAAGAAAGGGAAGGCAGAGCUUACCUUUGAUGACUUCUACAGAUUUAUGGAUAAUCUGCAGACAGAGGUGUUGGAAAUUGAGUUUUUGACCUACUCAAAAGGGAUGACCACUAUCAGUGAGGAAGACUUUGCCAAAAUCCUGCUGCGCUUCACCAACGUGGAGAACAUCAGCGCCUACCUGGAGAACGUCCGCCAGUGUAUACCUGAUGAAAAGGGAAUCACCUUUGAUGAAUUCAGAUCCUUUUUCCAGUUUCUCAACAACCUUGAAGACUUUGCCAUUGCCAUGCAGAUGUAUAAUUUUGCUUCACGUUCCAUUGGACAAGAUGAAUUUGCAAGAGCAGUGUACGUGGCCACGGGGCUCAAGCUGACGCGUCAUCUUGUUAACACGAUCUUCAAGAUAUUUGACGUUGAUCACGAUGACCAGCUGUCGUACAAGGAGUUCAUCGGCAUCAUGAAGGACCGGCUGCACAGGGGAGCCAGGGGCUAUAAAGCUGUGGAACGCGCCACCUCCUUUAGAUCCUGUCUGAAGAAGGAGCUGGCAAGCAGCAGGUGAAGGGCCAACACUACUCCUCCUUCUCCAGCUGUGUUCGCUCUGAGGCCAGGAAACAAGUGCACCAGCUGUGGAGGAAGUACCAGGAGAAGCUGUAGAGGAUGGAAAAAAAUCCUACUGAGCUCCAACUUUAAUCAGUCAGCAGAACGAGGUAGCAGCAUUUGUUUUCAGUGACAGAUCCUCUGUUAACUUCCAAAUCAGAUAAUAACUAAAAGCAUGAUCGCACACAGCUGACUGAUGUUGAUGCUGAUAAUAAGCAACGUCAUUCCAUUUUUGGUUGUUUUUUUUUCCAGAUGUGUUUUAAUGUCAGUGAUCCAGAGUGUGAUUUAUAACUGAAAGAGCACAAGAAAUAUGAAUUAAAUUCUGUGUGAUCCUUUCUAAAUUAUCCAUGUAAAAUGAAUGCCAGUAAUUUCAAAACUGCACGGACUAAAAUUGCAGAAUUAAUUGAAGAUAUUGUAAAUAUGUAUUGUCCUCACCCUGUGUUAACUAUAUCAGCCUGAUUUCUGUUGCAAUUUCUUUGAUACUAUCUAGCCACCUGCUUGUUAUUGCGCUGAGAGAGUAUAUUAACACUAAUGCUAAAGUUAUAAAUGCAAUACUAUCCUAAUAUUACAACAGCACUUGAGAUGUCUUUGGCCUAGAUGUGACAACAUAGAAGUGAAAUGACAAAGGACAAGGUUUUUUGUUAAAAUUAAAUAUUUUAUCUGGCUAAAUCCUUAAUGUCUUGACCUGUUUUGUGUUUAAGAAAUUUAGGUGCAUGUACGACAUAGAUAGCUACAUAGGUGCCUUCUAUCCAUUCUCCUUCUCAUCUGAAAACCCAUCAUAGAAACCCAGACUUUUGGAGCAAUUGAUUAAUAAUGUGUAGCUGUUAAUAGCAACAGAAUGGGCAAAAGUGUGCAAUUAUUACUUUAUUUGUAUUUUAUCUGAUUGAUAUUACCCAGAAGGCUUGCUGAAUAUAUGGUAAACUGGGGUGAUAUGCCUCCCUGAAGAGCAAUAUCUGUUUGCUUUAAAAUUAUAAAUAUUGAAUAUCAAUAUGUACAUGAGAAGUAUGCUAAAGGCAACAAAUUUGGAGGGUAAUUAAAUCAUAAUGAACUCCAACUUAGUUAUUAUAAAACUGAAUGUGAAAUGUUGGAAAGGAGUUAAUCUUACCUUGAGUCAUUUUAAGUUUUUUAUUUGUAUAUACGAUAACUUUAUUAUCAAUGAUAUUUUAUUUCCUGAUAUGAAGGAAAAGCAGUUCUUCUGAGGGGUGUCCUCACAUAAAAAUAUAAUUACUCUUUUUUUUGUUGUUGUUCAGUUUUACUCUCUUGUAAACAUUAAAAUACAUAGAUAAAAACACCAGUAUAAUUUUAUUGCUACUUAUAAAAGAUCUUCAAGCCACUAUCGUCCAAGAAAAAUCUUGAAAUAAAAACUGACCAUAUUUAGUGGUAGGAUGGAAAUAUUGGAGGUUUUCUUACCCCAGUUUACCCACAUUUUUAGAUGCCAUGGUGUGAAAUAUGGAAAAUAAUUUAAAGACACAGAAAUGGAAAAAGUCUAGAUAUAUUAUUUUUUCUCAUAAUAUGAAUUAUUCUCAAAUUUGCAAUAAUGUGUUUGUCACAUCAGUGGAUCUGGUGAAUGAAUUUCCAUGCAUGAAUAAACUAUUUUAAGAAGAGAUGCGAAGUCGAUGGUAUUCAUUGAGCAUGCGCAGUAAAGUGCUUAAGCAGGCGGUCCUGUUUUACCUGAACUUUUUGGCUUCAAACUUAAUUUUGCUGGGAGAUACAAUGAAUGCGCUGCAAUUUGUCGUAUUUCAUAUUGGUAAGUAAUUUGCUUCGAUGCUAACACUGAUGUUAUGAAGAGAAAGUCGACACAACAAGCCUAUUUGGAGCGUUAUUAAUGAAAGUGCCGUUAGCGGGAUUUUUUUUUUGUAGCUAGCUACCGGAAGUUAGGUGCUAAAUAUUACUGUGAGUGGAGCUUUCCUCUGCCUCCUUCUUUGUUUGUUGUAAUGUGUGUUGUUUUGGUGUUCUUAGCUGUAGUUGAAUAAACUUUAAAAUGGGAAAAAUAAACUAUGUUUCUGGCCCUGUUGACUUUGGUAACACCUACUGUACCAAACAAUUAGCUUUUCCAGAAACCAGUGCACUGUUAUCAGUUUCCAUAGCUUGGAGCACAACAAAAACAUCUUACACUAGUCUUGCCGAAAGAGUAUUUACACUAUCAGUAGUCCUAGUCAAGUUUGAACCAUAGAGUCUUUAACCCUUUGAUGCGCAACAUGGGUCAAAAGUGACCCAAAUCCAAUGGAAAAUGGGUAUCUCCUGACCCACACGGCGCAUCAAACGAGAAACUAUUGGGGCAUCAAACGGUUACAGAUUAGAUGAUAAAUACUGCCCUCAUGUGUCGCACCAAACUAACUGCUGCUAAAUGGGCAAAAUUGCAAGGAUGCUCAAGUCUUUGCGUUCUUUUACAUGCUCUACGCGCUACAUUUAAACCAGCCUAGUUGUUUCUACCGACAAAAAUAACUUUAAAGAAACAUUUUAACUCAUAUACUGCAGUUUUUGAUUUGCUGCUAAAUGACUGCAGCCUCCACAUUGUGACUGAAAUGUUAUUACAUCAAAAUGAAUUAAUUUGAUUCAUGAGGGUUGUAUUUCAAGUAAUAUAUCCCAUAUAAUCAUUACAAAAGAAACUAUUUAUUUGAUAUACAUAACCCAUCUUUAAGUCAUGUUAACUGUAGUCUGAACAAGGAUAUUGGACAUUCUCAAUACGUACCUUGUCAACAUAAGAAACAAUUUUCAUAUUGAUUCUUUUACUCUGGGACUUCAAGUAACCAUUGUUUUCUGAACUAGUUGUUGGGUUCGUCAAAUAUCGAAAACUGAUGAAAAAUGUUGAUCAGUGUUCCCAAAAGACCAAGAUGAGGUCUUGCUUUGUCAAGAAAAACAAAACAAAAAAAAAAAACAGAAAAAUCAUAAUGUAUUUAGUUUGAUGUGAUAGAAGAUGACAGUAACCAGAAAGUAUUUAGAUUUAAGAAUGUAGAGCGAAUUUAGACAAUUAAAAAAAUCAGGCUAUGUAAUUAUUAAAAUAGUACCUUUAUUUUAAUUUAUUUUGUUAGAAAUGAACCAUCCAUCAAUUAGCUCUCGUAUAAUCUUAAAUGUCACGCCUGAUCGCGCUAUGAACUGCAAGCAUUUUAUUUCUAUCGAUAAGGACAUACGGCUAUGUGUAUUUACCCGCUGUGACUGUCUGAUCCCAAUAAAAGUACCUGUAGACGUUUAUAAACUGGGCGAUAAUCAGUUUUUGGCGGACGAUCGCUUUUUGACAGGGAUGUAAAAAUUGUUUUGUACUAGUUUUGACGUAGCAUUUUCUAUAUUGCGUGUGUCAGUGUUUCAGCCGUGUUACGUUACGGCAACGGAAACCUUUCAAACCGCAGAACGAGGCUGUCAACCUGUAACAGGAACUCUUUUUCUUUGCCGACUUCCUGUCCGGAACACUAAAGGCGACGUACCAUACAGUUUAUAUGUAGUAUAAAGCGCAAAUAAGUAGCUGCUACAACUUCUCUCAAAUGAGUCGUUUGUCUUAUUUAUCUGUAUAUUGUUAGGUUAAAUACCAACGUAACAGCUCGUACGGGUUUUUUGAAAAACGAAUAAGUAAUAUUCAGUGACGUACGUGACUUCGCAAAGCAUUCUGGGUGAGUUAAAAUUGGACUAUUAUAAUAAAUAAACGGCUUUAGAAGCAGUUUAGACGUAAAUGGUCUUAUUUUUUUUCUUUCUCGGCUGUUGACACAUCAAUACGUGGUUAUUUUGUAGUUUGGGACAACAAAAAUAAACCCUGACUGAGAAUGACUGCCCUGCGAAUGACUGCCUGACUUCAGCGUGUUAUUCGUUAAGACUAUACUUUCAGGGAUCAUUUCUAUAGUUUCUGACUUGAGAAAUGUGUUUCUAAAGUGUUUGGUCUCGCCAACCACGAUGAUGAGUCGUGAUAUUCUCUUCUGAGCGCGAAGCGGGCAGAGAAAAAUGAUUUAUUUCAUACGUUCUCUGUCAUUGAUGACCGUUCUUUGCUUUCUUGUGGAGCAUUGAGGAAGAGAAUAUGAUCAGAGUG